AAAAACUGUAGAAGGUCAGGAAAUAUGCCCUUUAUUAGUAAAAAAAAGAAAAAGAAAAAAAAAAAAAAAAAUUGUGAGUUUUCCUCCAGGAUUUAAAAAAAAUAUGAUAUGAAGGUUUUAUAAGCAGACAAUAUAAGCAAAAAGUACAAGGUGGUAGCAUAAAAGGAAAUGAAAAUUGGAUGCUAAACCAGGGAAUGCAGGAGUGAUCUGGAAUGAUAUGAAAUCUGUUAAAGAAAGAGUUCAGUAUAAGAACUAUUGCUAUGUCAUAUAGAUAGGAAUUGCAACAUUUUAAAUAGUGAUGUGUGUUUAAUAUUAAGUUAUUUUUGAUUAUGUGUUUAGAUAUUAGGAAUUCUUUUGUGCUUUCAGGAACAGGAUCGAGAUCCUAGUCCUUCCAAGGUUGGUGAGAUGUGCAGCCGUUGGGAGCAGCACAUACGUGAUUCCUCGCCUGAGCGCCAGGACAGGUCACGGAGUCCCCAGAAGACUCUUUCUAGAUCCAUAAGUCCAAGGAAGCUACCAGCUGCUCAGAAUGCCAGCCCUGUGAAAUCCACAAGUUCUGUUGAUAUGGGCACUAUUGCAGGAGACCAAGCUGCUAGUCCAUAUAGGAUGAAAUCCCAAGGAGAUGGACCACUAAAUCGAUUAGGUAAUGAGCGCAGGAGCCGGAGAGACCUAAGUCCCCAUAAACCUCCACCAGUGGGGGACAUUGUGAAGGGUGAAGCUCCUAUGUCUGCAGUGGUGCCACUCAUUGAUGACCCACACAUGUCCUCUGUGAGGCAGCGGGCAGCAGCAUUUGAUUCUGCAGGUGUAGGCUGUGACCCAGAGAAGGACCCAGCAGAGCUGACACUUCAGGAACGACGAGCUCUCUUCAACAAGAAGCAAGCAGCUGCUUUGGUGCCCAAGGCUCCGUUUGGGCAGUCAGUGCCUGCAAAG